AUUUUUUACAGGACGGUGUACUGUACUAAACUGUCUGGAAUGCAUUCGCACGUACCCCGUCCUCUAAUUUGAACUCCUCUAGUGAAAACGGUAAUUUGAAACUCGUGAACCUGUAAAGAAAGUGCGCUAUUCAUCAUUAUUUUUAAAAAGCAAGACUGAUUUUCUCUCAUAUCAUUAAAAUUCGUUUCUUUCUGGAGAUUUUCAAAGUUAGCUGUGUUCAGGCAUGGAGUCUAUUGCAGAUGUUAAAUACAUAAGCAUGAGGACAGAGUUUCUAAACGUUCUGGCUGAAAGAAGAUCAAAAUUGGUGGGAUGGACUGUGGAGCCAGCUCGUCCUGUGACAAACCCUAUGUACCAGUUGGAUUCCAUUCCACAGUUUUGUGAGGCAAUGGCAGCCUGCCCAAGGAAAGAAAUUCCUAAUUUGGAGGAGGCUCUAGAAGAAGAGAAUUUCUACUUGAUUACUGAGGCGAGUGAGCAAGGUCGUCUACCAGUACUGAUUCUAAGGCUCAAAGAUGGUGAACUAAAAAAAAGACCUGCUGUUGUUUUCCUGCACUGUUCAUAUAGAUGCAAGGAGUGGUUGCGGCCAUUGUUGGAGGCAUAUGCUUCCCGGGGAUACAUAGCAAUUGCAGUGGAUUCUCGUUAUCAUGGCGAACGGGCAAAAUACAAAACUGCAUACAAAGAUGCUCUUGUUACUUCCUGGAAAACCGGCCAAACCAUGCCUUUUAUAUUUGACACGGUGUGGGAUUUGAUAAAGUUGAUGGAUUACCUUUCUGCAAGGGAUGACAUCAAUCCCUCUAAAAUAGGAAUUACUGGUGAAUCACUAGGAGGAAUGCAUGCAUGGUUUGCUGCUGCUGCUGAUCCACGAUAUGCUGUAGUGGUUCCAAUCAUUGGUGUUCAGGGUUUUGGGUGGGCCACGAGAAACGACAGAUGGCAUGCUCGAGUUAGAAGUAUAGAAGAUGUAUUUGAAGAGGCCAAAAAUGAUCUUGGCAAGUCUUCUAUAGAUGCUGAAGUGGUCAACAUGGUUUGGGAUAGAAUAGCCCCUGGAUUAAGAGAUAAAUUUGAUGCUCCAAUCUCAAUUCCAUCAAUUGUGCCACGACCACUCUUGAUCCUGAAUGGUGUAAAGGAUGCUCGAUGUCCCGUGGAAGGUUUGGAAGAAACAAUAUCUAUAGCAAAGGAGGUCUAUAGUAAAGCUAAUAUUUCAGUGAACUUCAAGUUUAUUGCAGAAUCUCGCAUUUGGCACCGUAUGACACCUUUCAUGGUUAAAGAAGCCAGUGAGUGGUUUGACAAGUUUUUGAUGACAGGAUGAAGAGUGAUUGUAGUGUCUCUUGCUGGUUUCUGACAUGUAUUGCUACAGUUUCAAAUUAUCUGGAACUGGGAGAUAAAUUGCGUCAUUAUUGGCCAUUUAUAGCUAAAAAUAAAAUCCACAAUAAUGGUUUUUAACAUUGCAUUUGUAGUUAUACUAGGUAUGCCAGAUGUUACUACGAUGAUAUUCAAUUAGCUUGAAGACAAAGUGGGGUGACAAAUAUCUCUGUCAACCUUUGUCUAAUGGGGAUCUAAUAAUCAGGGGCAAAAAUGUAGCUUCCUUGAUUCUUAUUGGGUGGUGGUGCAGUAAAGGGGAUCUAAUCAUCCCAGACCAUGUUAGUUUGGUUUGAGCAAACAAAAAUGCUUGCUUGCAUUUGUUUUCAGAUUUCAAGCUUUUUUAACCCUUACGGCAUGUUCCCAUGUGGCUGCUUAGCUUAUUUUUGCUAGCAGCGGCUGCUCAACAUUUUUAGGAAAUAUCUGUGGAGCUGGUGGCCCCAUGAAUAUUUAUUUUUCUAUUUAUUUUUAAGAAAAAUCUUAAAAUUGAUAUUAAUAA